CAGUGCUACUGAAAUCUUUUAAUCAAGACGAUGUGGUCUCGUAAGCUCCUUACUUUUCUGUUGACAAUAACCACUUUACAUCCAACAAUCCAAGCCGCCUCCGUAGGCCAGGAAUGUGGGAUAUUUAAUGAGAAGCAGUACAAUAGUGACAAUAUCAUUGCGGAGCCUACCGAACAUCCUUGGGUUGUGCGGAUCGUAGGAGUGACUAAGGAUGGCAGCAACACAUUGCUCUGCACUGGCAUUCUUAUCGAUUCCAGACGCGUUGUGACCGCAGCUCACUGUGUUUCAAAGGAUGAAUCGGAAAGCAUUUAUGGCGUUGUCUUCGGGGAUUCCGACUCUAGCAAUAUCAAUCUUGUCAGCGCAGUCACUGUCCAUCCAGAUUACUCACCUAGGAAAUUCGAAAACGACUUGGCCAUAAUAGAGCUGACCAAGGAGGUGGUGUUUUCAGACUUGGUUCAACCAAUUUGCUUGCCUUCAGUAUCCGAAAUGGUUCCAGGAAGUGAAACCUCCAAUUCAAAGCUUAUCGUUGCCGGACUGGAGGGACCGUCAUUCGACCGAAGGCAUUCGGCAACUCAAAGGUUAGACAAACGCAUUAAAAUGACAUACACUAAAAUUGACAGCAAGGAGUGCCAUGAGAAGCAAGCCCGCUUUCCGGAGGAACUGAUCUGUGGCCACACCGAGAGGAGUCCUCUUUCAGGAUCAGCUUUGACCGAGGCUUCGGGUACUCCACGCCAAUUUCAUCUGUUGGGAAUUGCGGUUGCUGGAUUCUUCUCGUCUGACCUAGAUCACCAAGGGUACUUAAACAUUCGACCCCAUCUAGAUUGGAUUUCGAAGAAUUCCUCAAAGUUAAGAUAAAAUAGCAUAUCGUUUUACAUCAAAAUCCUAAAGCUUUUUAAAUAUAUUGUACCUAAAGCUUUUACUAUUUUUCUAAAUAUUUGAAAACUAAAAAGACAGAAUAAGUUUUUUAAUGUGCAUCCGCUAGAGGAUCUAAAAUUGACUCAAGUUACAACUCAAGUUUAG